UACGAGUACAAGCAGAUGGAAAUCUCAUUAAAACUUAGUAAUGACUUCACCUCGCACUUAAUUAUGAGUUAAUUGUCAAUUUUUAAUUAAACAUCGACCUGAUGUUUCAUUUUAAACUCACUAAAGUGCUAGAGAUCUUCUGAGACGGUUCCGAGAUGCUGACAGUGUUUUAUUUGAUUACAAUUUUUAUAUUUUGCAGAGGUUUUACAGAGGAUCCGAAUUACACCAUCGGCGACGAAACAACACAGGUCACAGAAAAUAUUGGAGAUUUCAAUCAAACUGUCGAAUCUACUACUUAUGCAACUGGGGAGUCUACGAUAUCCAAAUCUUCGCGAUCUACCCGUCAUUCAACCACUAAAAGGCGCAGAACCCCACGUACUACCUAUCACACUCCAAGGACCACGUUGUUCCAAAGAUAUCAUUUCGAAUCAGUUGACUAUAACGACCUACCCACAGAUUUGAAAACAUAUCAUACUGAUUGCUACGCACAGUACAUUAGAUGUGUUAGGCACAGAACGGAUCAUAAUCCAGUAUGCGGUUAUAACACACACUCUGGAUAUUAUGACGACUACUACAGCGCUUGUGAGAUUGAACUACAGAAUUGUUUGUAUCGAAUGCAAAAAGGACUUGGCUUAUUCGGCACAAAUUAUACUAAUGAUAUCAUUUUCUACAACGGCGAAGGAUAUAACUGUAUAUAUUAUUUACGACGAGCGAAAAACGAAGAAGAAAUGCACAAACUAUAUUUUGGCGUUUAUGAUAAUGAUGAUCCAGAUUACAAUAAUUGAAUAAAAAAUUGUUAUGAUUAAAAAUACCCAAUUUCCUGAAAAACAUGCUCACAAGUAAAAUUUAUUAAUAUGAAAUGUUAAAUUUGCAAUUAGUU